AUGCGCGUUGACCCUUGCAUCGGCGCCAACAUCCGCUCAAAGAAAGAUUUGACAUCACUUUGCGAAGUAGAAAACAUAGAAACCGGCGCAUUCAUACGAUCAACCUUUACCUACAUCGAUGACCACGACAAAGCAUGGUUUGGUCAGACAAAGGACAUAAGGAAAUAUGAUUUAACUGUUCAGGAUCUGAACCGACUCCUGCAACGAGUUCCGGACGAGAGGAUAUAUCCGCUGAAGACCACCACUCUGUCGGGAGAGGCAAAGCUCCUGCCCCAACUGCUACUCCAAGAAGCAGAGGUAUUACAGUUCCUGGAACAAAAUCCUCAUCCGAAUAUUAUCAGGUUCCAUGGUUGCACCGUUAAUCGCGGUCGAUUCACCGGUAUUGCCCUUGACAAGCACAGUGUCAUCUUGCAAUACCGUCACGAAGAUGUCCCACAUCCUCUUAAUAUCGAUGCUUGCAUGCGCGUUAUCCGUGCGGCUGUGAAGCACCUUCAUUCUUUUAGACUCGCGCACAACGACCUCAACCCCACGAACAUUGCUAUUGAUGGCGAUGACAAUCCAAUCCUACUAGACUUUGGGUCUUGCAGAAGAUUUGGUGAACGCCUCCUUUCAGGGGGUACAUUUAGCUGGAUAGACGAGGAUUAUUCCACAUCAGCUCAAUGUCACGAUGAACUUGCUAUGGUCAAAAUAGAGGCGUGGCUUCUGAGUGAGGCACAAGAGAAACACUAA